UCAACUUUCAAUGCACUGUUUUGGGAUUCGACAUGUCUCGUACGGCAAGCCAGAUACCUUCAAACUUGGUAUUCCUCAUUUCCGUUUGCCGCCGAUAUGGCCGUUUUCUCAGUGUCCAUCCAAAGCCUCUCGGCCAGGCAAUUCAACUCUCGACGAUUUAGUUGAUGCAGGCGGCCCAUCUGCAUCAAUGUAUGGUAACGAGGAUGAGAAUUCGGAGCAUUCGUGGGAGAAUAACGAUAAAUUGGCUUGCACGGAAAAGGAACUCAACCAUAACACCUUUGUGGAUGGCCCCCAAUAUCUUCGAGACCGUCUCGCUAUCCCAGCUGAUUGGGCGAUUGGUCUUCAUUUAAUCGUUGACACAGGAAGACGUCCCAAGACACCAAUGUGGAUUCUGAUUGCCUUAACUCUUGCUGCUAGUCCAUCUGGGAUACUUUCCUCGCAACAGAUUAAGAAUGCUCUUUCGGAGCAUUUCGUCGCCUUCCGCGAAACAACCUCAUGGAUGAGCAAUGUCUACAAUACUCUUUCACUCUACACCAUCUUUCUUCGGGUCCAAGACUAUGUUGACUGGUGCCCAACAAAUGACAUGGGGUCAAAUCGUAGUGCUUACUGGUGUCUCGACUUAACGUCAGGCGAGAGAGUCAGACCGUCGAAGACAAAGAAUCGGACGAAUCCCAAGGCGAAGCAACAGAUUGUUGCCCCACAAGACCAGAUAGCCUCAACGACAUAUCACGCAACGGAUGUUGACGACAAGAGUGAUAGCAGGGAGGAUUUUGUGCUGCCUUUAGCCAGUACCGAGAGCGCCUCUCCUGAUAUAUCCGAUCCGGAAGUCGCCCUCCAUUGCGCUCAUGCCAACUGUAUACGCCAGAAAAUUGCGCCUGGAUGUCAUAACAGAAUGUGUCGCAACCACUGUGCCCAACGGGGAGGAUGCUCGCUAUAUCGACACAGGAAACAUGCAAGCGAAGUAAAUGCCGCUCGAGGCUCAUUGGCAUCCAUAGCUUCGGAGUCACUGGGUAUCCAGCCCGAAUCGCCUUUAAACCGGCCAUCUACUAACACAAGUCGAGGCAAUUCUUCGGUACCCAUACCUCGAGAGCUGCAAAUCGCCGUACCUCAUUCUAGCGAAGCUCCAGCACCCUGCGUGGUCGCACAAACUUCCCAACCACAACUGUCUACUUUAUCUUCAACACUUACAACGGGACCAAUUCUUGUCAAUGCUUAUGAACCUGUCGCAAAACCAUUGCCUCUAACGUUGCAAAAGAAUGGCACCGACUUAACCCCCAUUCUCGCCGUACCUCGUAAUCCGAUGGACUCGCGAUGGAACAAUCGUUUCAAGCUCCUCAUGUUCAUUACCCCUGGAGAGCGCGAGUCUGCGCUGAUCAUUGAUAACGCUAUAAAUUGGCCACUAUGGCGGGCGUCGGAGGCGGUCGAGGACUGCGCUGUGUUGUUAAACAAUUUACAGAAGACGGAAAGAAUAGAACUAUAUGCACCUGGCAUUCCUCUAUGGUUCUCCAUCAAGCCGGAUUUCGAACAUCACCUCACCCCUGGCUGCACAGUCGCUAUGAGGCGCCGCCACCCGGAUUGGAACGACCAUGAUCUGAAGCAGACAAUUACUAAAUGUAUGGAAUAUGUGGGUUAG